AGCACAGUGGGCUGGCGGGGCGGGCUUUGCGGCCCGGGCCCAGAACCCGCCCCGGCCCCGAGCACUAUGUAAGGUUGCCGGCGGGGCCGGGCCCGCUGCAGAGUUUUGGAAGUUCACUUUCCUGACCAGAAGGACCUCGGUCUGCGGGAGCUGUCCCCGGCCGGGUGCACGCGCGCGCGUCCCCUGCAGGGCGGCAUGCGGGGCUACGAGGAGGUGACCGCUUUCCUGGGCGAAUGGGGGCCCUUCCAGCGCCUCAUCUUCUUCCUGCUGAGCGCCAGCAUCAUCCCCAACGGCUUCAAUGGUAUCUCGUACGUGUUCCUAGCGGGGACCCCGGAGCACCGCUGCCGGAUUCCGGGCGCCGCGAACCUGAGCAGCGCCUGGCGCAACCACAGCAUCCCGCUGCUGCUGCGCGACGGCCGCGAGGUGCCCGACAGCUGCCAUCGCUACCGGCUCGCCGCCGUCGCCAAUUUCUCCGCGCUCGGGCUGGAGCCGGGGCGCGACGUGGACCUGGGGCAGCUGGAGCAGGAGAGCUGCCUGGAUGGCUGGGAGUUCAGCCAGGACGUCUUCCAGUCUACCAUCGUGACCGAGUGGAACCUGGUGUGUAAGGACGACUGGAAGACCCCACUCAGCAUGUCCCUGUUUUUUGUGGGUGUGCUGAUGGGCUCCUUCAUCUCGGGGCAGCUCUCAGACAGGUUUGGUCGGAAGAAUGUGCUGUUUGUGACCAUGGGAAUGCAGACUGGUUUCAGCUUACUGCAGGUCUUCUCGAACAACUUCGAGGUGUUCACAGUACUCUUCGUGCUUGUCGGCAUGGGGCAGAUCUCCAACUACGUGGCAGCGUUUGUCCUGGGAACAGAAAUCCUUGGCAAGUCAGUGCGGAUUGUGUUUGCCACACUGGGAGUGUGCAUAUUUUUUGCGUUGGGCUUCAUGCUGCUGCCCCUGUUGGCUUACUUCAUCAGAGACUGGCGGAUGCUGCUGCUGGCGCUGACCCUGCCCGGGGUCCUGUGCGCAGCCCUCUGGUGGUUCAUCCCGGAGUCCCCCCGCUGGCUCAUCUCUCAGGGACGAUUUGAGGAGGCAGAAAUAAUCAUCCGCAAGGCUGCCAAAAUGAAUGGGAUCAUGGCACCCUCUACCAUCUUUGACCCGAGUGAGUUGCAAGACCUAAGUUCCAAGAAGCAGCAGUCCCACCACAUUCUGGAUCUGAUCCGGACCCGGAAUAUCCGAAUCGUCACUAUCAUGUCCAUAAUUCUGUGGAUGACCAUAUCAGUGGGCUACUUUGGACUGUCCCUUGAUACUCCUAACCUGUACGGAGACAUCUAUGUGAACUGCUUUCUUUCGGCCGUGGUUGAAGUCCCAGCGUACAUACUGGCCUGGCUGCUGCUGCAGUACGUGCCCCGGCGCUAUUCCUUGGCCACUGCUCUCUUCCUGGGCGGCAGCGUCCUUCUCUUCGUGCAGCUGGUGCCCCCAGACUUGUAUUACUUGGCUACAGUGCUGGUGAUGGUGGGCAAGUUCGGCAUCACUGCUGCCUUCUCCAUGGUCUAUGUGUACACAGCCGAGCUGUACCCCACCGUGGUCAGAAACAUGGGUGUGGGGGUCAGCUCCACAGCGUCCCGCCUCGGCAGCAUCCUGUCUCCCUACUUCGUUUACCUUGGUGCCUACGACCGCUUCCUCCCUUACAUUCUCAUGGGAAGCCUGACCAUUCUGACAGCCAUCCUCACGUUGUUCUUGCCAGAGAGCUUCGGUACCCCUCUCCCAGACACCAUUGACCAGAUGCUAAGGGUCAAAGGACUAAAACAUAGGCAAACCCCAGGCCUCACAAGGAUGUUAAAAGAUGGUGAAGAAAGCCCCGCAAUCCUUAAAAGCACAGCUUUUUAACACAACUUCCAGAAAGCAAGAAAUGGAAGCUGAAAGCCUGCAUCUUGUCACAAACAGCGUGGGCAGCCUCUGGGUCCUUCAGUGACACAAGGGCUUUUCUGUCUGUUCUGUGGCCUUUGUCUGAUCUCAUGGAAGGGAACCCACCUCCAGAAAGUGCUUGUGCUCCCAGAGCUCUGCCUUUCCUCCAGGGACACCCUGGCUCCCUGCCAACAACUCAGAUGUGUCCUAACAGUUAGCAGUGGACACGGCACUCCACGAAGUCAGUGACUCUCUAGAACCAGUGGGACCUGGCAGGCUAUGAGCGAAAUCUACUAGAUAUUCUCUGUCAUCUUAAACUACCUGAAAAGGCCCUGGUAAAAUGGGAGGUCUUUAGUUUUGUCCCUUCUUUUCCUAAGUGGUGAAUUUUACAGGAAAAGAAGUAAUUCCACAGGGAGUUUGAUUUCUCCCCUUUUCUCAGUUACAAAGGACAUUAGCUGGGAUUAUUGUGUACCCACUGUGGAGCGCACAGGACUACAGACACGCUCGGUGUGGCUGCUGUGUGGCCUCGUUUACGUCUGAUCAAAGCACUGGGGCUUGUCCAGGCCCGGGAGAAACACACUGUUAAGUGUACUCUUCCUGUUUUCCACUACCGUGUAAAUCAGACCUUCUCCAUACUAAGCUUUCAAUCUGUGGUUGGGAGAAGUGUAACAGUGAGAAAUAGUGUCUUUUCUCGGAACUGUAACCAGGAUUUUGUUCUGUUGUUUUGUUUAUUGUUAUGUCUCCUCCUUAAGUUAUUUGCCCGUCAGCGGAGCCUUGAGAAAGGCUGUUUCCCAGUUUGUUUGUUUCUCAGCCCAGAAUUCUCUGGCAAGGGUUUGCAGCUGCUGCUGUACAGGCCUUACCAGCCUCAGCCACUAGCGCUUCUGUGAGUGCCAAAAACGAUCUCACUGUGUGUACUCCUUCUGAGAGACCUAGUCAUGGGGAAAAUUGUGAAGAAGAAAUGUAAAUCAUGUUCACAGUCUUUGGGAGUUGCUCACUUCAGUCACGUGAUACCACUGGGAGACAUUUGUGUUCAGUGUGAUUGUCUUCUUCCUCCUUAUGUUACCAUGGUACUCCGACAGCACAUGCUUUAUUUGGUUUUUUUUAAAAAAUGUAUUUUUGUGAAAGCUACUGAAGUGCCUUGAGAAGUGAGACAGUUCUAAUAAAUGAAAUGAUUUUUUAAAUAAUA